AUGUUAAGAGAAAUUAGUAGAAGGGUUUCAUCCCCCACAAAUUUCGCGGUUUACCUAUCAAAGAGUAGAUCAUUUAUCCAAACUUGCUCAUCCAAGCUCUACAUGAGGAUCCAUCUUCUAACCUUCAAUUGUGGGAAAAACGAGUUUCGGGAUAACACUGCGUUAGAGGAACUAUCGAAAUCCGUGGAAAACUCCCUUCCAGAUGAUCCACCAGAAAUAGUGGCUAUCGCCUUCCAGGAACUUACCUCAAUAAGGACUUCAUUUGAUUACAAUCUAGUCCAUGAAAUCCUGUUGGAUGUGAACGACGCAAUUGUUCAGCGGGUUUCCGAGCACUACCAAGUUACUUAUCACACACUUGGGUUGACUCAUAACGGCGCGAUCACUUUGUCUCUUUUAGUCCUACGGCCAAGCCGGUUUUACAACAUCCGCACUUCCUAUCUCCCCAGAGGCGUUGCUUUUAGCUCGUUGAAAGGAGGAGUGGGAAUUAGAGUUGCUUACAAGUCUCAAGUGAUUAAUAAUGAUGACGAAAAUGACAAAGAAUUGACCUUUGUAAGCUGUCAUUUGAACGCAAAUGAAGGAGAGGUUAACUUUAACCGAAGAAAUCAAGAUUUGAAUAAAAUACUCUCAGAAAUGGACUUUUCAGAUCAAUAUUCUGUCUUAAAACCAGAUAGUCACAUUUUUGUUCUCGGAGAUUUGAACUACCGAUGCAGCAAGGUUGGUGAAGUCGAGAACGUCUCGGAGAUUGAUGAACUGGAAAAGGUAAAGGGUGAUUUAGAUUUCACAGAAGCUCCAAUUCAUUUCGCACAGACUUACAAAUACAUCAUCGGAACACAGGACACUUUUAGGACUAACAGAAUUCCCUCAUGGUGCGAUAGAAUCCUGUUUUUAAACUACCAAGAAGAUCUACAGCCCGAGUAUAACAGUUUGCCAGAAUUGACAAUAUCCGACCAUAAACCAGUUUACCUGACAAUAACAGUACCGAACACAGUUCCAUUUAUUAUCUACAGAAAACCAACGUACUAUGGGUCUCUGGUCAAGACUGUCUCCAAAGCAACUGACACAAUGUUCAGGUUUUCAAUGAUCAAGAAGACAUAUUUAUUCUUGUUGACAUUGGCAGGACUAUACUAUGUUACAUAUGGAUAG